AUGGAGAUAGUACUAUGCAAUACCCACGGUAAAUGUGUAUAUUGUUUGCUUUGACAUAGUCAGUGUUAUAUUGUCAUAAUGAUUAUCUUGUUAUUCGUGCCUGCUGAAACGAGAUGCUUUUCUGAAACGUAUGCUGGCUUGCUACUGUAGCUAUCUAACGUUAGCAGUUUGGGAACAUGGCUCAAUGGUGUUUUCUUCAUCUCUUGGGGUAGAAUAUGAUGCUAGCCACCUGCCUAAUAAUAAUAUUAACAUCAUUGAGCUAUCAUAUCAGCCAAUAACGGUGAUAACGUUAGUAAGAGAAAGACGUGUUUUACUGAAUAUGAACUCAUGUUUUCAUCUAUUUGACUUUACACUAACCAGGCAGCACAUGCAUGCUGAAGACAGGAGUGAAAGAAGGGCCAAAUAAGGGUAAAAGCUUCUACUUGUGCGGGGAGCGUCAACAGGGGUCUCCCUGUGAUUUCACCCAAGUAGCAGGGUAAGUGGUUCUCUCAUGUCAGUUCAUUGAUGCAUGUUUCUCUUUACUCCUGGAGACAUUUCACAUGAAGAGCACUAGCUACAUCCCAACUGAUAUCUGACAGUGGCAUUCUCAAAAGACAUCUAACAAAGUACAGGACUUAUACAAUAGUCAUUUACUGAUAUGACUGGUCUGUUUUAUGGCUAUUGUUAGUAUCCCGGCCUCCCACUGCCUGCUUCAUGAGGAUUCUACGGUGGAACUCCAGACUCUCAUCCGCAGUCAGCAGCAGCAGGGCUACAGGUAUGUCUGUGUGCAUGCGUGUGGAUGCUACAGGUAUGUCUGUGUGCAUGCGUGUGGAUGCUACAGGUAUGUCUGUGUGCAUGCGUGUGGAUGCUACAGGUAUGUCUGUGUGCAUGCGUGUGGAUGCUUCCUCUAACUUUAGCUAUGAUCUAUGGUUUGCGUUCAGGUGUAUUAUCAUACUGUGUCUCACUCUAUUCUCUUCUCAGGUUGUACUACCGAUGUGUUUUGGGGAAGAAAGCAGGUCAGAGGUGGUGUGGCAAUGUUCCCUGGACUGCGGUAAGCACGUCUAACUACUGGUAAUGAUGAACAUACAGUAUGCAUUGCCUAGUUCAUAGCCUAUUACUGUCAUGGCAAGCACUUGUUGAAUGUGUUUCAAAAUGGCUGACUAGUGCUCCACCCCUGCAGCCAGAGGCAGAGAAAUGCAGCCCACUGUCUGACAGACAGCUGCAGCCCUCCAGCCUGCCCCCAGAGAGAAAUCCAUUCAAGGCCCCAGGCAAGACCGACCAGACGUCAGAGUGGAGGAGACUCCAAGAUGGAGGGAGACUGGAGGAUGAGGGCGAAGGAAAGAAUGAGAAAGGUGGAGAGAAUGAGAGGCAUCACAAGAGUGUAGGUAAAGAAAGCGAACAUGGUCGAGGUAUGGGGAAGGAGGAGAGGGGGAUGUCGAGUCCCUCUGAGUCUUGGAGAGACAAACAGCUUCCAGCAGGGAUGAAGAUAAAGAAGAGAGUAUCAGUUGAGGAGAAUAAGAAAAGUGCUGAAACAUCACCUGAGGAGAAAGAAAACACUGCCAAGGAGACGAAAGACAAAAACAAGAACUCAAACAAACACAGCCAAAGAGAGGCUGAGAAAAGCCCGAAGCCCCAGGAUACAGAGGACACACACAAAGCCUCAAAGGGUAGUCAUGGAUACUCUCCACGAGAGCCACCAAUCAAUAGCCUCAAAGAGUCUGGAAAGCAUGCUGGGAAAAAGCCAAGCCCAGAGAGGAAGAAGAGCAGCUACUCCGACUCAAAUGGCACUACCUCUAAAGACGCCCAGGCACCUAAGAGCACAGAGAAGACCAAAACCCCAAUCCCACAAUGCGAUAAACCAGCGCAGCGACUUUCCACUCCAACAACUGAACAGGAUAAGGAGGCAGAGAAAAUGACUGCUUCAUCAUCACAGCAGAGCCAGGACAAGUCCCAUCGUGGGAACCAGUUUGGAGAGUGGAGUUCUGAUGAAGAUGAUGUCCAGUUUGUGUCGGUUCAGCCAGGUACACAGACGACGACUCUAGUACCAGUGGCCCUGGUCCAGAAAGCCCUGACAUCCUUCCCAGGGUUCCAGCCUGCCUCUCAGGUCAAAGGUCAGCAGGAGGACCCCAGGGCCCUGCACAGCCAACUCACCGCUCAGCUCACACAGAAGAAGGUGAAGGACACCCGUGUGUGUGUGUGUGUGUCAGAAUGUACACUGAAAUAAAUAGUUCAUAUUUAACUCUCCUUCCCUCUCUCAGGCCACUCUGUCGGUGGUGAAUAUGUCUGCUCUGCCCGAUAAAGGAGAGAGGUUGAAGAGUCAGGUCAAAGACCUGGAGGAGGCACUGGAGUCUCUCAACCUCAGCACUUCCACUGAGCCAGGUAAGACCCUAGCUAGAUACUGGACUGUUUGGCUAACCACAACAUUGCCUACUGUAUUGUCAUUGUAGGUACUUCAAACACAAUUGAAUGUUUGUAAUUUAACGGUCUGUUUUUAGAGCCUCAGGGUGGCGAUGGUGAUGCCAAACCGAUGCCCACUCCCAGCCAGUACAACCCAUUCAGCUGCCCGGGAGGCACCAUCCUCCUGCCCAUUGCUCCUGCCCCCCCCCAGUACCAGGCCUCCACCAGCUCAAUGGGGCUGCAGCUCAGCCAGGGAUACACUCAGAUGUAUGGAGGUAUAGAACAGGGCCACACACACACACUUGGUAUUCUUGUAUCCUGCUCUAGUCAGAUAAUCUUCUGUCUGUCCCUGAUUGUCCAGUGAACCCCCAGAGCCAAGCGUUCUAUGGAGGCAGGAUGACAGACAACCGUCUGCUAGCGGUGAAGAAUGCCACCUCUGAGGCCAUUGACCACCUCCACAGCUCCUUGGAGUCCUGCCCCGACCCCGACACUGAGGUUACGGACCCCAAAGGCAUCAAGGCAAGACAUCCUUGUACACUACUCAAUGCCUCAACCUUUCUAAACCUCAUAUUGUAUAUACUCUUGUCUAUGGGUAUGGUACCCUAAUCUGCUGUGAUGUUGUGGUCGUUAUCAUUGGUCAGGUGCCUCUACUGGCCCAUCAGAGACGUGCCCUGGCCUGGCUGUUGUGGAGAGAGACACAGAAACCCUGUGGAGGGAUCCUGGGUAAGGUCAACCAGCCUGUAUAUGUAGUUGCUUUGAUUGCAGCAGCCCCAGGGGUUUUGUAAGGAGUUGAAUGCCCAGAGUAUUUCAGAAACGUUCAGAAAAUGCUUUAACAACAUUUCUCCCCUAAUCCUCAGCUGAUGACAUGGGCCUGGGGAAAACCCUCACCAUGAUCGCUCUCAUUCUGGCCCAGAAGAAGAAAAAGAAGAAGAAGGAGGAGGAGGAGGAGGAGGAAGAGGAAGACACUAAAUUGGAAGGCUGGAUCUCCAAAAAUGGUAAUAUCAAAUGGCAUCUUCUCAUGUAAUUAUUAACUCGUAUUCUGAUAUAUUUGGUCAUGUACAGUUGAAGUCGGAAGUUACAUAGACCUUAGCCAAAUACAUUUAAUCUCAGUUUUUCACAAUUCCUGACAUUUAAUCCUAGUAAAAAAUUCCCUGUUUUAGGUCAGUUAGGAUCACCACUUUAUUUUAAGAAUGUGAAAUGUCAGAAUAAUAGUAGAGAUGUAUUUCAGCUUUUAUUUCUUCCAUCACAUUCCCAGUGGGUCAGAAGUUUACAUACACUCAAUUAGUAUUUGGUAGCAUUGCCUUUAAAUUGUUUAACUUGGGUCAAACGUUUCAGGUAGCCUUCCACAAGCUUCCCACAAUAAGUUGGGUGAAUUUUGGCCCAUUCCUCCUGACAGAGCUGGUGUAACUGAGACAGGUUUGUAGGCCUCCUUGCUCGCACACGCUUUUUCAGUUCUGCCCACAAAUGUUCUAUAGGAUUGAGGUCAGCGCUUUAUGAUGGCCACUCCAAUACCUUGACUUUGUUGUCCUUAAGCCAUUUUGCCGCAACUUUGGAAGGAUGCUUGGGGUCAUUGUCCAUUUGGAAGACCCAUUUGCAACCAAGCUUUAACUUCCUGACUGUUGUCUUGAGAUGUUGCUUCAAUAUAUCCACAUAAUUUUCCUUCCUCAUGAUGCCAUCUAUUUUGUGAAGUGCACCAGUCCUUCCUGCAGCAAAGCACCCCCACAGCAUGAUGCUGCCACCCCCGUGCUUCACGGUUGGGAUGGUGUUCUUCGGCUUGCAAGUCGACCCCUUUUUCCUCCAAACAUAACGAUGGUCAUUAUGGCCAAACAGUUCUAUUUUUGUUUCAUCAGACCAGAGGACAUUUCUCCAAAAAGUACGAUCUUUGUCCCCAUGUGCAGUUGCAAACCGUAGCCUGGCUUUUUUAUGGCGGUUUUGGAGCAGUGGCUUCUUCCUUGCUGAGCGGCCUUUCAGGUUAUGUCGAUAUAGGACUUGUUUUACUGUGGAAAUAGAUACUUUUGUACCUGUUUCCUCCAGCAUCUUCACAAGGUCCUUUGCUGUUGUUCUGGGAUUGAUUUGCACUUUUCGCACCAAGGUACGUUCAUCUCUAAGAGACAGAACGUUUCUCCUUCCUGAGCGGUAUGACGGCUGCGUGGUCCCAUGGUGUUUAUACUUGCGUACUAUUGUUUGUACAGAUGAACGUGUUACCUUCAGGCGUUUGGAAAUUGCUCCCAAGGAUGAACCAGACUUGUGGAGGUCAAUAUAUUUUCUGAGGUCUUGGCUGAUUACUUUUGAUUUUCCCAUGAUGUCAAGCAAAGAGGCACUGAGUUUGAAGGUAGGCCUUGAAAUACAUCCACAGGUACACCUCCAAUUGACUCAAAUGAUGUCAAUUAGCCUAUCAGAAUCUUCUAAAGCCAUGACAUCAUUUUCUGGAAUUUUCCAAGCUGUUUAAAGGCACAGUCAAUUUAGUGUAUGUAAACUUCUGACCCACUGGAAUUGUGAUACAGUGAAUUAUAAGUGAAAUAAUCUGUCUGUAAACAAUUGUUGGAAAAAUUACUUGUGUCAUGCACAAAGUAGAUGUCCUAACCGACUUGCCAAAACUAUAGUUUAACAAGAAAUUUGUGGAGUGGUUGAAAAACGAGUUUUAAUGACUCCAACCUAAGUGUAUGUAAACUUCAGACUUCAACUGUAUGUAAACAAUGUGUAUAUAUAUAUAUAUAAUGUAUUUAGUAACUUGUCUAUGAUAUAUUUGUUAUACCCUGUAUUGUGUUGCAGACUCUAGCCUGGUGGUGUCUCAGGGCACUCUGAUCAUCUGCCCUGCCUCUUUGGUUCAUCACUGGAAGAAGGAGAUUGAGAGACACGUCAAGAGCAGCCGACUCAGUAUCUACCUGUACCACGGGCCCAACCGCCAGAAGAACGCCAAAGUGUAAGGGGACACACACCCGAGUCAUCUGCUUCUCUGAGUUUAACACACUUGUGUCACCUAAAAGACUCUCACACUGUCAAGUGUACAAGUUGAUUUUGGCACACAUUUUAUUUGUUUUCUAUUUCCUGCUCUCUGAUAGGCUGGCUGAGCAUGAUGUGGUGGUGACCACCUACAGCCUUGUCUCCAAGGAGGUCCCAGUCCAGAAGGAGGACGCAGAGAAACCUAGCAAGGACUCUGAGGAUGCGGUAAGAAUAAACACACAGAGAUAAACAGUGUGUAAUGUAUUUAUGGUGCUAAUGAUGCUACGACGACGUCCCAUCUCGCUCCCUCUCCCCAGCCAUCAGCCCUGCCUCCUCUGAUGCGGGUGGCCUGGGCCCGCAUUGUGCUGGACGAGGCCCACAACAUCAAGAACCCCAAGGUACAGACCUCCUUGGCUGUGUGUAAGCUGAGGGCCAUGGCCAGGUGGGCUGUUACUGGGACCCCCAUCCAGAACAACCUACUGGAUAUGUACGCCCUGCUCAAGUAAGUCCAUCCAUAUCUUACUCUACCCUUAUAUUACACACAUCAUUACAUAUUGGACAUGUCCAAUAACAAUACACCCCCUCCACAGAAUCCUCUGGGAAAGUCUCUGUCUGUGUUUGUCAGGUUUCUGCGCUGCGCCCCAUUUGAUGAGUACAAGCUGUGGAAAACCCAGGUAGACAACGGCUCUAAGAGAGGAGGAGAGAGACUUAACAUUCUGACCAGAACUCUGCUGCUCCGACGCACCAAAGACCAGAUGGACUCUACCGGAAAACCUCUGGUACAUGACACACACACACACUUUAGUCCCGUGUAGCUCAGUUGGUAGAGCAUGGCGUUUGCAACACCAGGGUUGUGGGUUCGAUUCCCACGGGGGGCCAGUAUGAAAAUGUAUGCACUCACUAACUGUAUGUCGCUCUGGAUAAGAGCGUCAGCUAAAUGACUAAAAUGUAAAUGUAAUGUGGAUUAUGAGCUGACUUGAUUUCCUUCUUCAUUUUCCAGGUGAAUCUGCCAGAUCGGACCUGUGAGGUGCAUCGCCUGAAGCUGUCUGAAGAGGAGCAGUCUGUUUACGAUGUGGUGUUCGCACAGUCCAGGUAACAACUGUCUGAUUGGUAUCAGAAACCUCUCUCUCUGGGUCUAUGGCUUAUGACACCUGGAUGACUGAUUCUUUGAACUUUUUCUCCUAGGUCCACUCUGCAGAACUAUCUGAAGAGACAUGAGGGCGACACCGGUAAAAAGGGAGACAACUCCAAUCCCUUCGACAAGGGUAAGGGAGGUCAACUUUCUUUCUGUUUAAAAAAGGUAUCUGUUUGUGUGUCUUUGAACAGAAUACCAAUGUGUGUUCUUAUUGUGUAUGUGUGUCGUCGUCGUCGUCGUACUUCCCCCCCCAGUGGCCCGGGAGUUUGGAGUGUCCCAGACGGACUCUGUGUCCUCGUCCCAGGGCCCCACCAGCACUGUUCACAUCCUGUCUCUAUUGCUCCGACUCAGACAGAGCUGCUGCCAUCUGUCUCUGUUGAAGAAGGUACACACACACUUCUACCUGCGCUCCUCUCUUUGAUCUCUGGGGUCUAUGGAACAGGCAUCUGUUGUUUUUACCUGCUGCUCUUCUCUGUGUGUGUCUUGCUCCACAGACUCUGGGUAAGUUUAGUCUGUCUUUACCUGGUGUUCUCUUUGUGUCUUAUUCAAAGACCCUGGAUCCGUCUGAGCUGCAGGGGGAUGGGAUCACUCUCUCCCUUGAGGAGCAGCUCAAUGCCCUGUGCCUCUCCUCCGAGCCCUCAGGCCCCGACCUCAAAGCCACCGUGUCCCUCAACGGGAGCCAAUUCGCCUCCGAUCUCUUCGAGGACACCCACGAGAGCACCAAGGUGAUGUCAACUGCCCCUCUGUACACUAAAAUGUUUGUUUUUAUAUGGUUAUCCUGUCAUCUAUAUACUCUACUACCUGCUUUAUUCUCUUAAUGUUCUUGUUUCAGAUCGCUGCCAUUCUCACAGAGCUAAAGGAGAUCAGGCAGCAGAGUGAGGCUCAGAAAAGGUAUAACCACACACUUAAAUGUAGCCCGUUCAGACUACAAAUGUUUGAUGUCAUCUGGAUGAUGUAGUCCUGGUCAGACAUACAGUGAGGGGAAAAAAGUAUUUAGUCAGCCACCAAUUGUGCAAGUUCUCCCACUUAAAAAGAUGAGAGAGGCCUGUAAUUUUCAUCAUAGGUACACGUCAACUAUGACAGACAAAAUGAGGAAAAAAAAUCCAGAAAAUCACAUUGUAGGAUUUUUAAUGAAUUUAUUUGCAAAUUAUGGUGGAAAAUAAGUAUUUGGUCAAUAACAAAAGUUUCUCAAUACUUUGUUAUAUACCCUUUGUUGGCAAUGACACAGGUCAAACGUUUUCUGUAAGUCUUCACAAGAUUUUCACACACUGUUGCUGGUAUUUUGGCCCAUUCCUCUAUGCAGAUCUCCUCUAGAGCAGUGAUGUUUUGGGGCUGUCGCUGGGCAACACGGACUUUCAAACUCCCUCCAAAGAUUUUCUAUGGGGUUGAGAUCUGGAGACUGGCUAGGCCACUCCAGGACCUUGAAAUGCUUCUUACGAAGCCACUCCUUCGUUGCCCGGGCGGUGUGUUUGGGAUCAUUGUCAUGCUGAAAGACCCAGACACGUUUCAUCUUCAAUGCCCUUGCUGAUGGAAGGAGGUUUUCACUCAAAAUCUCACGAUACAUGGCCCUAUUCAUUCUUUCCUUUACACGGAUCAGUCGUCCUGGUCCCUUUGCAGAAAAACAGCCCCAAAGCAUGAUGUUUCCACCCCCAUGCUUCACAGUAGGUAUGGUGUUCUUUGGAUGCAACUCAGCAUUCUUUGUCCUCCAAACACGACGAGUUGAGUUUUUACCAAAAAGUUAUAUUUUGGUUUCAUCUGACCAUAUGACAUUCUCCCAAUCCUCUUCUGGAUCAUCCAAAUGCACUCUAGCAAACUUCAGACGGGCCUGGACAUGUACUGGCUUAAGCAGGGGGACACGUCUGGCACUGCAGGAUUUGAGUCCCUGGCGGCGUAGUGUGUUACUGAUGGUAGGCUUUGUUACUUUGGUCCCAGCUCUCUGCAGGUCAUUCACUAGGUCCCCCCGUGUGGUUCUGGGAUUUUUGCUCACCGUUCUUGUGAUCAUUUUGACCCCACGGGGUGAGAUCUUGCGUGGAGCCCCAGAUCGAGGGAGAUUCAGUGGUCUUGUAUGUCUUCCAUUUCCUAAUAAUUGCUCCCACAGUUGAUUUCUUAAAACCAAGCUGCUUACCUAUUGCAGAUUCAGUCUUCCCAGCCUGGUGCAGGUCUACAAUUUUGUUUCUGGUGUCCUUUGACAGCUCUUUGGUCUUGGCCAUAGUGGAGUUUGGAGUGUGACUGUUUGAGGUUGUGGACAGGUGUCUUUUAUACUGAUAACAAGUUCAAACAGGUGCCAUUAAUACAGGUAACGAGUGGAAGAAGUUACAGGUCUGUGAGAGCCAGAAAUCUUGCUUGUUUGUAGGUGACCAAAUACUUAUUUUCCACCAUAAUUUGCAAAUAAAUUCAUAAAAAAUCCUACAAUGUGAUUUUCUGGAUUUUUUUGCCCUCAAUUUGUCUGUCAUAUUUGACGUGUACCUAUGAUGAAAAUUACAGGCCUCUCUCAUCUUUUUAAGUGGGAGAACUUGCACAAUUGGUGGCUGACUAAAUACUUUUUCCCCCCACUGUAUAUAGAAGAGCUUGAUAGACAACUGAAGUCCAUGACGAAUAAAGGUUUAUUGGUAAUAGAAAAUGUUUCCCUCACGGUAGGGUGGGGUAUGCAAAAUAGGUCAACGUUCAACACCUCUAUCUCCUAUCACCUCUGGCCUGCUGGCUCCCCUUCCUCUGCGGAAGCAUAGUUCCCGCUCAGCCCAGUCAAAACUGUUCGCUCUACUACCCCCCCCCCCCCCCCCCCCCCCCCCCCCAAAAAAAAAAAAAACUAUUGUAAAGUGGUUAUCCCACUGGCUAUAGGGUGAAUGCACCAAUUUGUAAGUCGCUCUGGAUAACAGCGUCUGCUAAAUGACGUAAAUGUAAUGUAAAUGAAUGUUUUGGCAUUCAGGUUCAAAAGGUCACUUUCUGACCACUUCCACCAUGGUUAAACAUGUUUGGAAGGUUUCGUUCAAAUCUGAAGGGGUGCAGUCAGAAAGUGAUUGAAUGCAUGUGUCGUUAUGUUGUAGUUUGAUUGUACAAUAAUCAUAUAAGAUAAUCAUCCAUUGUCUUUGUCUGUCAGUGUGAUCGUGUCCCAGUGGACCAGCAUGCUUCGCGUCGUGGCCGUCCACCUGAGGAGAAUGGGCCUGAGCUUCGCUGUCAUCGACGGCACUGUCAACCCCAAACGCCGCAUGGACCUGGUCGAGGAGUUCAACACCAACCCUAAAGGACCACAGGUAUCGUAUGGACAACCGUGACCAUAAAAUACAGUGAAAGGCUCGACCUACUGUAAGCUUUGGAUACAGUGUAGGGGCAGAGUUUAGACAAUGUUUCUGUUUUGUGUUUCUAGGUGAUGCUGGUGUCUCUGUGUGCUGGAGGAGUGGGCAUUAACCUGGUUGGAGGGAACCACCUCUUCCUCAUGGACAUGCACUGGUGAGACCCACAACACACACACCCAUCCACCACUACCAGCUGAGUGUUCUUUAUUGAUUUAUACUGUGGUUUUGUCAGGAACCCAGCUCUAGAGGACCAGGCCUGUGACCGCAUCUACAGAGUGGGUCAGCACCGAGACGUCACCAUUCACAGGUAAGAGCAUGCUUGGUUGCAAAGAUACUGUAGGAAAAUCACAUUGACAUAUUUCGAGGUUGUGCCCUGUUGGAUAAAGCUUAGAUAAAGACAUUGUAUAAAGCUGAUGUGAGUGAUUUACACAGGCAUGUGUGUCCCUGUAGGUUUGUGUGUGAGGGCACAGUGGAGGAUAAGAUCUCCACUCUGCAGGAGAAGAAGAAGGAGCUCGCACAGAAGGUGCUGUCAGGGACUGGAGCCUCCUUCACCAAGCUCUCCCUGGCUGACCUCAGGGUCAUCUUUGGGGUCUGACGACCAGGAAGUUAGGGUGGUGGGGGCAGCCAGACUGAGGACCAGGUAGUAUGCUAGAUUUAUGUUAUGGUUGUAAAAGGUUCACACUUGCUGUAUAUAUGAAUCUGGUUGAUGAAAACCCCCCUUUGCUCUUGUUGGCUACUGAGCCCUACACUACAUAUUGGCACACAGUGUGGCUAAUGUGGUUGGCACUACUUUGCUGUAAUGCGCUGGAAUGCUUUGCUGCUACUAUUCUCUAUAUGGUCUUCUGGCAGGUUGCAGAACCUCAGGCCUACUAACUGUGUACUGUUUUAUUUCCCAUAUCCUGCGCUCUGUUUUCACAUACUGUAUUCCAUGUGUUAUGACAAGGGCCUUGAGUUUCUCCUGGUCAGGUCACAUGGUAUUUUCAUUGAAUACAUUUAAGUGUAAUUUAUAGGACUGACUUGUAUCUCUGCUGGGUCAUGUUAUUUCUAAUCCUAAUUAUUUUUUACAUGUUAUGUUGUGUCUGUAAACUGCUAGUGUUUGAUUAUGAUGACUUCCUCAAGGAUGUGGAUGUUUUUGAAUAAAAUAUUAUUCAUUACA